GUUUACUCCGAGCUCUGAGUUAAGUUACUACAGAAAUGAGGAACAGAGCAUGAAAACUGGAGAAAAGCCCCAAGAAAAUGGUACCAGCAAGGAAAAGUAGACGGCAGAGCAAGCCACCAGCAAAAUUGCAAGACUUUGUAUAUGAAGAUGGUCGAGAGAAAGAGAAAGGUGCUACCACUCCAGAGAAGAAAAAGGUUGAAGCUACAAAACAGCCUAAGAAGAGAAAUCUAGCAAAUAGUGAAACUCCAGACAAGAAGCAAAUGGAUGAUUCACAAGAGCCAAGGAGAAGUGGAAGAACACCAAAAUUGAGUGAAAAGCUAAAGAGUUACUUAAAUGACAAAGGUGAUGCCAAGACAGAGGUUGAGUCAACUGUAAAAAAACAGUCCAAGAAGUCCUUAACAUCUCAUGGCUCUCCAACAGAUUCUAUUUACCUUAAAGAACCACAAGUAACACUGAAGAGACUGUCUGUCUCCUCAGGAGUCAAAAAUCUGAAGCCUCACUCAAAGAGUCAAAACUUGCUGAGAAAUAAGAGUCCACGUUUACCUUCCACUCCUGAGAGAAAUGUGAAAGGGAGUGAGAGACAGGUUUCAAGCAAGAGGAAGAAAAUGACCAAGAGAAAGUUAUCGGAAAUGGAAGGCAUUGAGGUGAUGGCCAAGCCUUCUCCCACCAACCCCCAAAGGUCCAUCUCAAAAACGAAGAAAACCAGGGUGGCAACCAAUGGGAGCUGUGAAAGACUGGCAAGUGAAAGUGAUGAGUCUCAGGAGAAAGAUGAGGAAGAAGAAGCACAAGAAGAUGAAGAUCAAGAAGAAGAAGGAAAACAAGAAGAAAGAAGAAGCAUUGAUUCGGUGAGGCAAAUAAACAAAGACAUGAUGACACAACUUCUGAAUUUUGGCGCUGAGAUUGCUGAAGCCAUGGCUAGUAGCAAUGAGAAGAUACUAGAAGUGAUUAACAAAGAAAACAAUUUGCUUAACCCUCUGCACACAUUCAAGAUUGAGGGAGAUGAAGAUUUUGAUGAAGAGGAAGCUGAUAAGAUUCUAGACUGGCUGGAAAAAGAGGAACUGCAGCGAGGAGCAUAUCGGAAAAAAAUUAUAGACUCCAUGCGGGCCUCACAUGAGUCUAACAUGAUGCUCUUUAACCAACUUCUAAAAAAGCUUCAGUCUUUAUCUUCAUCCCUGAGAUGUUGAUGGAUCGCAAAUUUUCUCUUUUCUUUUUCUCCUUUUUUUGAGUGUGUGAAGGUGUGUUUAUAAGUAUAAAAGUGUUUUUCUUUUUGUAUAUUGUAAUAUACUUUUUCUUUCCUAUUAUUUGAUCAAUGAAUAGAAGAUGUAGUGUGUUUUAUUAAAAACAUUUUUUCCUAAUUCUUAUAUUUCAAUAUUACUUUUCAUUUCAUAAUUAUCUUAUUUCAAGAAAAAUAAUUUCUAGUCUCAAAGAAUUAUAUAAGCAAUAAUUGAAAUUUUGUUUCUAUUGAAAUAUAGAAAAGUACAAAUAUAACCUAUGUGUAUAUAUUCUUU